AUGACGGAACCCACGUCCAGGAAGCAGGGAUUUAAGAAGUGUCGGAGCGCCACAUUCAGCAUCGACGGCUUCAGCUUCACCAUAGUUGCCAAUGAGGCCGGAAGAGACAACCGGCGGCCGCUGGCUCGCUUCACACGUUCCAAGUCCCAGAAUGCCUUGUGGAAUGCCAUCACAGCUGGCAUCGGCAUCAAGGACAAGGACAAGAGAAGGAUCCUGAUUGAUCCGCGGAACCCCGAGGAGAUCCUGGCUGAUGAACUUCCCAGCAUGGACGGAGCAGACGCCAUGGAGAAGACCGCUAUCAGGUUAAGAUGCUUGGUCAAACAGCUGGAGAGAGGGGAAGCAUCUGUGGUGGACCUGAAGAAGAACCUGGAGUACGCUGCCUCUGUCCUCGAGUCGGUCUACAUCGAGGAGACCAGACGGCUGGUGGACACGGAGGAUGAGCUGAGCGACAUCCAGUCGGACUCGGUGCCGUCCGAGGUUCGGGACUGGCUUGCCUCCACCUUUACGAGGCAGAUGGGCCUGAUGCUCCGCCGCAGCGAGGAAAAGCCCCGCUUCCGCAGCAUCGUCCACGCCGUGCAAGCCGGGAUCUUCGUCGAGAGGAUGUACAGACGGACUUCCAACAUGGUUGGCCUGAGCUACCCUCCCACCGUCAUCACUGUGCUCAAGCACGUGGACACGUGGUCCUUUGAUGUGUUUGCACUGAAUGACGCCAGUGGAGACCACGCGCUGAAAUUCAUCUUCUACGAGCUGCUCACCAGAUAUGACCUGAUCAGUCGCUUCAAGAUCCCUGUGUCGGCCCUGGUGUCGUUUGUGGAGGCAUUGGAGGUGGGCUACAGCAAACACAAGAACCCCUACCACAACCUGAUGCAUGCCGCUGACAUCACGCAGACCGUGCACUACCUGCUGCUCAAAACAGGCAUGGUGCACUGGAUGACUGAGUUGGAGAUCUUCGCCAUGAUCUUUGCAGCUGCCAUCCAUGACUACGAACACACAGGGACCACCAAUAACUUCCACAUCCAGACCAGGUCAGGCACGGCCAUUUUUUACAACGACCGUGCCGUGCUGGAGAACCACCACGUGAGUGCCGCCUACCGCCUCUUACAGGAUGAUGAUGAAAUGAACAUCCUCUACAAUCUGUCCAAAGAUGACUGGAGAGAGCUGCGAGCCCUGGUUAUAGAGAUGGUUCUGGCCACGGACAUGUCCUGUCACUUCCAGCAGAUUAAAGCUAUGAAGAAUUUCCUGCAGCAACCCGAGGCAAUUGACAAGCCCAAGGCCUUAUCCUUGCUCCUCCACACUGCAGACAUCAGCCACCCAGCCAAACAGUGGAAUCUCCACCACCGCUGGACCACCUCGCUCCUGGAGGAGUUCUUCAGACAGGGGGAUAAAGAAGCAGAUCUGGGCCUGCCCUUCUCGCCUCUGUGUGACCGCAAGUCCACCAUGGUGGCCCAGUCACAGAUAGGCUUCAUCGACUUCAUAGUGGAGCCCACCUUCACCGUGCUGACGGACAUGACAGAGAAGAUUGUCACGCCGCUCAUCGAUGAGGCGUCACACUCCGGGCUGGCUGGCUUCAGACGCUCCAGCCUGAACAGUAUUGGGGGCAGUGAGGGAAAACGGUCCAGCGUGAAGAGCAGCGGCUCCGAGGCCAGUGGGGCCCUCAACUGUUCCCUGCACACGGUGGACUUUAAAUGCUUCAAGGCCACCUGGAACGAAGAGGUGGUGAAAAACAGAGAGAAGUGGAAAGCUCAGGCGGGCAAAGACAUGGAGGAGAAAGCCAAGAGGGAGGAGGAGGAGGUGGCCAACCAGGACAAGACAGGGACACAAGAGGAAGACAAGGACAAGAGAGAUGCACUGAAUACGGAGGAGGGGAGCAAGACAGAUGGGGAGGCGGAGAGGCAGGCGGAUGAGGGUAACAACGAGCAGGUGGAGGAGCAACCGAAAGAGGAGGAAGGGGACAAUGACCCUGGGGGGGCCGAGGGGUGCACGCUGGAACCAGGCCCGCAGCACAGCCCCAGCAGUGAGGCUGCGAGCAGGACGAGCACAGAUACCAGCCAGCAUAACGAACCCAAGGAAGGUUGCAAUGUUGCUCACUGCUACAAGAGGCCAAACUACUGUGUCAGUUUCUACUGUCCUAUGAAACCAAAGAUGUGCGAGAUGCGUCCCGUCGACCCUCGGGGCAAAGCCAAGAGGUUGCAGCACAUCUCUCUACGCCGCAGGAAGUGAGGUUAGCAACGAAGCGAGAGGAGAUCAGAUGAGACGUCAUCAGCAUGGUCAGCGAGUGCUGGAGCAGGUGUUGUCUCAUCAGUGUUAUGUCAGGUGGGGUUCCAGGGUUAGGUCCAGGUGCGUAGUCUAAGACGGGUUCGUCUCUCAACUCUUGUCCUCUACACACACGUGACUAAAAGGUAAUUAGA